AUGGGUAAGCUCAUCGUGUUUGGAUCGUGCGGAAUCUUGGUUUGCGUUCUCGCUUCCCUCUACACUAUCAGCAAUCUUCUCAAUGAGAUUGAUGAGCUUCAGGAGGAGUUCCAAGAUGGUAUGAUUGAAUUCAGAGUAAGUCGUCUUUUAUUUGAUCAUUACUUUUCAAUAAACAAUUUAUUUUAGGCCAUUACUCAAGACACUUGGGCCCGCAUGGUUACCAAGCACAUGAACCCAACUGGACUCACCGAUGCCCCACCAACCUUUGAGACUCUGUUCGGAACCCGUAGCGCCCGUCAAGCUGGAUUUGAGCAGUGCAACUGCGGACCAAAGUCCGAUGGAUGCCCAGCUGGGCCACCAGGACCACCAGGAGAGGCUGGACAAGGUGGAAACCCGGGACCAGACGGAGACAACGGAAAGCCGGGAGCUCCAGGAGUCAUUGUUGCUAUUACCCACGACAUUCCCGGAGGAUGCGUUAAGUGCCCACCAGGACGUCCAGGACCAAAGGGGCCACCAGGAGGACCAGGAUCCGCUGGACCAGCCGGAGGAAACGGAAGACGCGGACCACCAGGACCAGUUGGAGGAGCUGGACAGCCAGGACCACAAGGAGAUGCUGGAAAACCAGGAGCCGCCGGACGCCCAGGACCACCAGGACCACGCGGAGAGCCAGGAACCGAGUACAAGCCUGGAAACCCAGGACGUCCAGGACCACAAGGACCACGUGGAGAGGCUGGACCAGCUGGAAACCCGGGAGCUCCAGGAAACGACGGAGAGGCUGGAAAGAACGGAAACGCUGGACGUCCAGGACCACCAGGACCACCAGGAAAGAACGGAGUUCCAGGAGAGCGCGGAGAAGAUGCUGCCCCAGGACCAGAUGCCGGCUAUUGCCCAUGCCCAUCUCGUGCCGUUUACAAGGCGUAG